ACUGCGGUGGGCCCGGGUGCUGCGGCUGCCGCAGCGCCCGCCGCGGCUCGGGCUCUGGCUCCCCGGCAUUUAAAGGGGACGCGGCGGCGGCCCCGGGGAUGGGGGGCAGGUGGAAGGGACGGAGCAGAAGCACAUCAUCCACAGUCCCUCGGGGCUGGAGGGAUUCGUGAGCCGGAGCUCAGAAAUCCGGGGGUGGAUAAGACCGCGUACCCCCCAAAUCCCGAGCUCUGGAUGACAGCUGGAGACCAACAGUUUCUAAAGGUGGUGGUCAAGAUAAUAUACUGACAAUGAGCGGGUGUUUUCCAGCUGUUGGACUACGAUGCCUAUCUAGGGUAUGCCGUGGCCUGGUGAGGGGGGCUCCCACCUCCUUAAGCCCCAUUGCUUCUCCUGUUGCCUGCUUGCUUCGGACUCUGGCAGAAACCCCACCUGCUGGCACGUGCUUCCCAGGGAAUUGGUCUUGGAUGUGCCAGCGACCCUGGCUGUGGCCCGCUAAUCAGCUUCUCCCUGGCCGGCUCCCGCCGCGCCGCCUCUCGCUUGCCUCCUCCUCCUGCUCCUCUUCCCCCUGCUCCCAGGACGGCAGGAUGGCUGCGCUGGGCGCGCCUCGCUUCCUCCUGACCUUCGACUUCGAUGAGACCAUCGUGGACGAGAACAGCGACGACUCGAUCGUGCGUGCCGCGCCAGGCCAGCAACUACCCGAGAGCCUGCGUGCCACCUAUCGCGAGGGCUACUACAAUGAGUACAUGCAACGAGUCUUUAAGUACCUGGGUGAGCAGGGUGUACGGCCCCGGGACCUGCGCGCUGUCUACGAGACCAUCCCCCUGUCGCCGGGCAUGGGCGAUUUGUUGCAGUUCAUAGCCAAACAGGGCUCCUGCUUCGAGGUUAUUCUCAUUUCGGAUGCCAACACCUUCGGUGUGGAGAGUGCCCUGCGUGCCGCUGGCCACCACAGUUUAUUCCGCCGCAUCCUCAGCAACCCGUCGGGACCCGACGCGCGGGGACUGCUGACGCUGCGGCCCUUCCACACGCACAACUGCUCGCGCUGCCCGGCCAACAUGUGCAAGCACAAGGUGCUCAGCGAAUACCUGCGUGAGCGGGCCCGCGACGGCGUGCACUUCGAGCGCCUCUUCUACGUGGGUGAUGGUGCAAAUGACUUUUGCCCCAUGGGGCUGCUGGCGGGCGGGGACGUGGCCUUCCCGCGCCGCGGCUACCCCAUGCAUCGCCUCAUCCAGGAGGCACAGAAAGCUGAGCCCAGCUCCUUCCGCGCCCACGUGGUGCCCUGGGAAACAGCCGCCGAUGUGCGCCAACAUCUGCAACAGGUGCUGAAGAUGUGUUGAAGACCAUCGCCUGCUAGGGGUGCCCCGGACAACCGACGGAGGAGGGACGGGACUGGGGAUUGGUUAGGACCACCUAGUUUUACUACCCUCCUCUUUCCUUUCGCUUUGCUAUGCUCCUCCGGGCGUAUCUGGAAUUCGGUCUGCUUGUGGGCUGGGAGCAGGGGUUCAGAGCCGUCCCUAUCUAUGCAGUUAACACAGCUCUGCUGCCUUCCCUCCAGGGAGGUGAGCACCCCUUGGAAGGCAGGCAGUGCCCCUCGAACUGAGAGGAACGGGUUCCUGGAAGUUGGGAGAAGGAACAUCUCCCACUUACUUUAGCUGCUGCACCGGCUGCAUAACCUCCUCUGCCCAGUCUUUCAAACAGACUCAGGAUCCCCCAAUCCGCAUGCCAGUACCAGAUUCCUCGCGGUAGACCUAUGAUGCUCUCAGAAGACAGCUCUAGGUCUUGAUCUUGCUUCAGCCAACGCAACCCUACAUUACCGCUGCGCUGGCUGCGCCUUGCUUCCUUCCCAACCCCCCCCCCACACCCCCACCCACCCAAAGGAAGAAAAAGCCAGAAGGAACUACCGCCUCCUGCUGGUAGAACGAGGUAGAGCCGACCAUUGACCUCGGAGAGUGUGAAAAAUCCUAGCACUCCAGCAAGAGACCAGGGACUUCACCAAAGUCGUCCUCCCCCCCCCCGCCCCCUUCUCCCCGCAUUCCCCUUUGCCCUUAUGGAACAGAAAGCCAUGUUUUUAAGCAGAGCCAGGGAAACCCAAGCCCCUCCCCUCUCUGGAGUUUCAGACCAAUAAAGGAGGUGAAGGGGGA